AUGGAGGCACUGGAGCCGACCGAGGGCCCACACGUCAUCAUAACACCGGAGGGCUUGCAAGACGUACUUUACACAGCACCUCGCAAGAAACCGAACAAACUAAUAAGGUCCCCCCUGACUGCGGCAUACUUCAUGGGCGUGUCGGCGUUUUUGUCACUUAUAACGCUGUCCUCCUUCGUCUUUGCGUACUUCAUCUACAAGGACAGAGCAGCUCUGUAUUACAUGAAAAGGCUGCAAGCCCCCAUAGACAUGUGCGACGAGAUGGCCACGUCCCUCUGCCGCUUCCCGACCGACCCGAACUCGAUGUUGGCCAUCCCGGUGAGGAUGGUCAAGAGGCACCUGUACCUGCGCGGCAUCGACGUCGACGCAAUGCUCAAAGGUCACUACUUCCCCGUCACGCAACUCAAGCGCUUUCUCCACAUGUGCAUCAAGUCCACGAGAAAAAAUGGCAUCCGUGACUUUGUGGGUAUCAUGAAGCAUUUUCAUAUGGAGCAGUGGCCUGUGAUGCCUACGACAUCAAACCUGACCAACCUACUGGCCGAGGUUACCACGCAGUUGGGCUACUAUCCACUCGUCACCAUCUCGCUGGCCAAGGGCAACGAAUCCCGCGGACCAGUGGUCAGCCUCGACAAACCGACACUCCUGCUCCGAAAGGUUGGCUUUCAGACGGAUAUGACGAUGGCUGCUAUGCUGCUGUUCACGCUGGCAAAGUACCUGCAAAACUUCUGCGAUCGAUAUGCAGUCUGUCUGCAGAGAGGACAGACCGAACACAUUGUUGCCACCAUCAUCAAGUUCGAACAGCUAUUAAGCUUUUACAUGCGUGCCCCGGGAAAGCAGAAGAGAAUUAAAGUUAAGGACAUGGGAACUAAAAAUAUACACUGGCCAACGCUUCUUACUGCCGUUUUGGGACGUCACCAUAACAUAACGCCAGAAACUGACGUCGUAAUUAAGUCUCCUCUUUAUCUGAAUGGGUUGGACGAAGUGCUGGAGCAGAGCGACGAGUCCGUGGUGACGCUGUACAUAGGCUACACCAUUUUCUCGUGGUUCGCGCCACUCAUCGUGAACCUGGACGCGUCCACUAACGUGAGAACGUCUCGACACUCCCGGCACAAUCGCCUUUGGUCCAAGUUUCAGUGCCUGUUGCUCUCGGAGAGCGUGUUCGGGUUCGCCUACCUUCACGCAUUUGCCUCGAAACCUGGCUUCGACGUCAAGCAAAGCGCGAUCGUGAACGCAACGAAGCUCAUUAUAAGAGCUUUGCAAAAUUUCACAAUUAUUACGCCAUGGUUCAAGAAGCAAGACGCGGACUUGAUCAACAGAAAGCUAGGUUUAUUGAAAGUGGUUGCUCUCGCACCAGAAGGGGCUAAGCUACAUCAUUUCGUCCAGGAAUACUACGACAAAGUUCCAACCUUGAGAGUGGACGACGGUUUCCUCAGGAAUCUAUUCAAGAUGCAAAAAUUCUCCACUGAAAGACAUCUGGACCUUGCGAUUGGUUCCGACAACAAGGCUUACGCGUGGCCAAUAUCAUCUCUAAGAAAAAGGUGUUUGCUUAAUAUGCAAGCCAACGUAUUAUAUAUUCCAGCGAUUCACAGCGCACUGGUAAAUCCGUCAACGAGGACAGUCAGGUUUCUCGAGAUGCCCGUGCUCGCAUACUACGUUCUGCACGCACUACUGCCAAUGUUUUUCCACGCCGGGUCCGUGUAUGACGAAAACGGUGCUUACGACGAGUGGUGGCGCUUCGAAAACGAGGAGGGCUUUGCGCGGGCGGAGCGUUGCCUUGUUCGGCAGUUUCUUGAGUCGACGAAGUCGUACGCCUCGAAAGAAGAAGCUAAAUCAUUGGGUGCACGUGUGAUGAACCAAAAUUUCAUACUGGCACCGUCAUUCGAGGCAUUCAAAAACAGUCUCGAAGAAUCAAGAUAUAGUAUGUCAAACUUCAGCCUGCACCAUAAUUUUCCAGCAGACAGUAAGCAAGUGUUCUAUGCUGCGCAUAUGAUGGUCAGCGAACUUCGUUUCAAAGCAGAGUAUUUGAGGACUACCACCACUUACACGGAUAGCAACGGAAAGACUAUAGAAGUUCCAAUGAGCCUUACUCGACUAACCGAAGAUGCAGUGCUGACAAUGUUUCCGAACAGCCCCGCUUACCUAUGCGACUGUGCUUCCGUUCGCAAGGAGCCUGACGCAAAACGGAAGCACCGUGAAGCAGACCAGCUACAAAAGGACAUUGAGAUGUCGCUUGUUUCGCACGAAGAAGAGGAACGCAAGAAUAGAGUGGCAUCUUUCGAGCAGCUCGUGUCACAACUCUCACAGCUUAAGUUGUCCGACUAUUGGAUAGUGAGCAGCACGGAAGCUGCAGUUAUGUUUCUGCAUAUUCAGAGUAACACACUAACACCAGAGGUGGAACGUUCUGUGGUUGUUUCCGAUGAAUUGCACAUUUCUGCCUACUGGAAAAAGAUGAAGCUGCACAUUGCUGAUGUUCCUAUUCCUGAAAAACUAGAGGACAUUCGGAGCUUGCACACUAUUCUUGAAAGUGUGGAGCAUUUCAAUGCUCCAGACGUCUGCGAAAAAAAAAGAAAAAUUGAAAGCCUGGUUCCACAUUAUUUUUGCUAUUCUUGA